AUGGUUUAUUAUAGUAGCUGGUUGCUAUACUACAGUUACGGGUCACUAUUCACUGUAUUUUUGAUUGUUGUAUUUAUUUUGUUAAUUACUGGAAAUUUGAAUAUUGGCGAUUGGCUACUACAAAUAAGUCCUUAUGCUUUUGCAUUGAUUGGGAUAGCGCUGUGCAUUGGGCUAAGUGUUAUGGGUGCUGCAUGGGGAAUAUUUAUCACUGGAUCCACUAUUCUUGGUGCUGCUGUAAAAGCCCCGCGUAUCAGAACAAAAAAUCUAAUUAGUAUAAUUUUCUGUGAAGUUGUAGCCAUCUAUGGCGUGAUAAUGGCAAUUGUGUUUUCAGCAAAACUGCAAUAUGUAGCGGGAGCGGAAGUAUAUUCUAAAGCUAAUUAUUAUACCGGAUACUCUCUAUUCUGGGCCGGUCUAACAGUUGGCUUCUGUAACUUAUUCUGCGGUAUAGCAGUCGGCGUAACAGGCAGCAGUGCCGCUCUGGCAGACGCACAAGAUCAGGCAUUAUUCGUAAAGAUUCUUGUGGUCGAAAUUUUCGGGAGUGUGCUGGGAUUGUUUGGGCUGAUCGUGGGAUUGUUACAGUCUGGAAAAGCUGGUGAUUUCGCGAGUUAG